CCCCACCCAUCCUUAAUAGGGACUUGAGGACAUGUGACCACAUUAAAAACAGGGUGUGUCUCAGUUGUGCAUCAAAGAUAAACAAAAUUAUCUGCUAGCUGAAUCACUUACCAAUGGCAGAUCAAGGCGACAUCCCUCUUGGGGAGACUUCUCCUGCACAAACUCAGGUUGGACCUACCCAACCCUCUCCUAGCAACCCUGAGCAACCUCCCCCUGCACAACCACCUGCAGGACAGCCAGCUAGCCAACCUCCACCACAAUUACCAUACCCUGCCGGGCAACCCGGACAGCCUGCUAGCCAACCUCCACAGCAAAUACCAUACCCUGCUGGGCAACCCGGACAGCCUGCUGCUGCUCCCUACCCUGGUCAACCGGCCCACCUGGCUGGGCCUCCUCCCUACUAUGCUGGUCAGCCCCCACAACAACCAGGCGCUUACCCCCCGGGGGCCCCACAACAAGCAGGUGUUUACCCACCACCACCACCAGGUCCUCAGCCACCCCCUGGAGCAGGGUAUGGAGCUGGGUUUGCUGGAGCGUUUGCAGGAGCACUGGGCGCUGCUGUGCAGCCACAGCAGGUGCAAUGGAUGGCUGCCCCCACUGAUGCCCCCAGUGACUGCCCCCCAGGACUAGAGUAUCUCAUUCACAUCGACCAAGUCCUCGUCAACCAGCAGAUUGAAGUAUUUGAGUUGAUCACCAACUUUGAGACUCAGAACAAAUAUCGUAUCCGUAACACUCUAGGACAGCAGGUCUACUUUGCUGCAGAAGAGUCAAGUGUGCUCCAGCGGCAGUGCUGUGGACCUGGUCGUGCAUUUCAAAUGAGCAUCACUGACAACAACAACAAGGAAGUGAUUCGCUUGGACCGUCCUCUUCGUUGCUACUACAACUGCAGUGGCCUGACAUGCUACUGUUGCUGCAGCUGUUGUGCCCCUCAUGUGAUUGAGGUGCAGGCCCCUCCAGGCAAUGUUGUUGGCUACGUCAAGCAGGACGCCCUGGGAAUACUCCGACCCUGGUUCUCUAUUCAGAAUGCUGAUGGGGAGACUAUGCUCAAGAUCAAGGGACCUGUGCUCGGUUGUGCUUGCUAUGCUGAUGCCAACUUUGAGGUGCUGUCAGCUGAUGGCCAGACCAACGUGGGGCGGAUCUGUAAGCAGUGGGGAGGACUGGCCAGGGAGUACUUCACUGAUGCCGACAACUUUGGGAUACAGUUUCCCAUGGACCUUGAUGUCAAGAUGAAGGCUGUGAUGUUGGGAGCAGUGUUUCUCAUUGACUUCAUGUUCUUCGAGACUGCUGGCGGAGGGAACCAUAAUCGUGGACGUCACGCCCACUACUGAUGAGAUAACGAUAGUAUAAUACAUACUGAACUCAAACAUUUUGUAGGUUUUAUCCCAUUUUAUUUGUUUAUACUAUAAUACUGUUGUAUAAUAUUAUAUUGUGAGUACUUGG